AUGGCGCUGGUGCGCUUCUACAAUCUCGUGCUGGAGCAAAUCGGUGGUGACACUGAUUUCGAAGGCCGCUACGACCAGCAUCGUCUACUGCAUGCCGGGAAAGUUAAUGACUCCCUGAAGGCGGAGGCUCCCGAGAAAUCUGAGCUGGCCUUCAGGCGAUAUGCUAAAGCCAAAGAGCUUUUCGAACGGAAAGUGCCACGGGUCCUGUCCAAGAAUGGGAUCAUCGUGGGAUUUGAUUUUGAACUACGCUCCGGCCACUUGGUUGUGUCCCAGGAUCCGCUGCUUGAGUGGCAGCUGCGUGUCCGGAGCGAGCAGAACUGGGGCACUAGCGCGCAGCAGGUGGGAACCACGCUGGCGGAGAUAGCGACCUACAGCGUGUUCUACUCAGAUGAUGAAACCAUUCUGGACUCGGUGCCCGUUUGGCCGGAGGACAGGAAAGGUGAUGCGAAGCUGGUGGGAGGCUUCAGCACGCUGGUGCGCGAAUUGACAAAGGGCCUGAACGUGCGUCUCAAUGCUGCGGUCAGCUCCAUCUCACUGGAGGAUGCCGUGGCUGUGCAUACAGUCUCUGGCGCCACAUAUCAAGGCGCUGCUGUCAUCGUGACAGUGCCCCUGGGCGUUUUGCAGCAGAAGCUGCGCUUCCAACCACCGCUACCCAAAGAUUGGUACGCUUCUUUGCAGCGUCUUCAGAUGGGGGACGUGGCCAAACUCUUCAUCAAGUUCAAGGGAGGACUCUCCCCAAUCAGCAGUGAUACCUACUUGCUCUCACAAGUUGUAUCGCACACAUCCCGCAACCUGCUGUACUACUGCAUUCGUGAGGUUUCUGCAUCGAUGAUGUCUCCAUCAGUGACUUUGACUUGCCUACUGUCUGGUCCAUCCUUCGAAGAGGCAAUGCAGCUGAAGCAGACUGGCAAAGAGGCCUUGCUAAAUCGCGUUGUGGCAGAGCUGUCGCAGAUGUAUCCGCAGAUGCAGCCGUCAGCUGUAUCCGCAGUCCAGAUGAGAUCGUUUUCGUGGAACCCCUUUGUGCUGGGAUCCUGGACCUCUGGCAAGGUAGGCUCCAGCAGCCAAGAUUUCAGCAUUUUCGAGCCGCGUCCACGCUUGGCAUUUGCGGGCGAGCACACCUGUCGCUUGAUGUACGGUACUGUUCAGGCCGCAGCAGUUUCAGGAGCGCGAUCUGCACACGAGGUACUGGCAGCCGGAGUGGGAAAGUUAGCCCCAAACAGCUGGCCUUUCUUCAGGAAGGAUCUGUACACGCUCUGUGAUGAGCUGGCUCCAGGCGCAAAUGAGCAUUGCGGACUCUCUUGCCAAGAUCAAUGGCGUGCGGACUUGGUGGCGAGCCUGUUUCAGAGCUGGCGAGGCAUGACGAAGAAGGCACGCCGCUGUUGGAGCAGGUUGGGAUGGAGGCCCCUUUCCUGGGCUGGCCAAGCCAGGAAGCCAACCACGAGCAACAAGGACUGGAAGGAGCUCAGCUUUGCAGCACGAGCGGCAGCCACUUGCUUGGGGUUCACGACGCAGUCCUGGGAAGCAUCUGGGCUGCCGUGCAUGAAGAAGAAGCCGUCCGUCUAG